ACUAGAAAAUCCUCUCCAUUUUCUACUACGCCAACAAAAAAGUUGUCUUCUAAGGAAGUUAAUAGUCAACAACAACAAAUACUAGGCAAGUUUGGAAUUUCAUUUCAGUUAACACGUUCAUUUAAAGGAAGUACCGCUGCGCUGGGUCUGUCUUUACGCAGUCGCCAGCAGAUGACUAGCAUUGAAACACACCAACAACAAAAUCAAUCAUCAUUAUCAACCCUUCCCCCUCCUUUACUUGUGCCAAGAAAAAGAGGACGUAAGAAACGGGAUGAGAAUAUUGAUGCACUUAAUGAAGAUGAAGGAAGUUCAACACAAGUUGCUAAUUCUCAAAAAAUUCAAAAACCUCUGAAAAAUAGACUGCACGGAGGUGGAGAUGGAAUGCCUCUAGCAUCUUCAGACAGUGGCAUUUCUGAAUCUAAUGUAGUUGAAGAACCUUGUACAGUUACAACAAGUAUGGCGGGAAAUGCUUCAACAAUCAUGACGGCGGCUAAUUCAUCUAAUGACGUAUCACCUAGGCGACAUCGUGAUGCGAGUCAUGCUUCUGUUAGUGCUUCAACAACCGUCAGAGAGCGGCAGCUGCGUAGGCCAGGCGAUUGUAAGGCACAGAAGCAAUUAAUAAUUCCGCUGAAAAAACGCCGUGGGAGACCGCGGAAACGGCCGGCUGGUGAAGAUGGAGACGAAGAAGAAGAGGAAGAACAUGAAGAAAUUGAAAGUGAAGAUGAUGAAAAGAAAAGGGAAGACGAUGAAGGAAAGCGUUUAUCUUUUUCUAGAAGGUCAGGACGUGUAGCGGAACAGGAACACAAAAAACGAGAAAAGGACGACGAGGAUAAAGAGUGGGAAGGAAUGAUUAUUAAAGAUGGUGAAAUUGAAAUAAAUAUUGAGAGAGAGGUUGUCGAGGAAAAGGAGGAGGAUCAAGUAAAAGAAUAUGAGGAAAAUUUUAAGAAGCCUUCAGAAAUGGAUGGACAAAGUCUACGAGAAGAACGGAUUUUGGAAGAACCUCUUCCCAUGGAAGAAAAUGAAGAUGAAAAUAAAGAAGAUGAAGAAAAAGAAGAGAAUCAACCCUCCUCUCAAUUUCAACUCAUUUCAACAACAACACCAUCAAAAUUUGUAAAAAUAUCAGAAAAAUCGGCAACAACAAAAUUAUUAUCAGAACAACGCCCUUUAGCAGCAAAAAGAAUGCGUAAAGAAGAGGAAGAAGAAGAAGUAGAACAGAAAAAAGUUGAUUUAAUUGUUUGCAGUAAUUGUGGGGAUAAAUGGCCAAUUUCUGAGUUUGAUCAAUUUAUUGAACAUAAAAUUGCACAUUCACAGCAACAUUGUAGAAAUUCUGAUAUUUCAGAAUUUAAUUCAGAAGACAUUAAUAUUAAACAAAAAAGAAGUAAUUUUCAACAGCCUGAUAAUUCUCAAGUCCCUCCUUUACUAAACAAACUAACGACUACUGGUCAAUCUUCACAGAAUCAUUGUUGUUCUUGUUCCAACAAUAAAUUUACCUGUAGCAAUGAAUUAACCAAAAAUCAAAGAGAAAUUGGAACAGAAAAUCCAAAUUUUGGAGAAAAGAAUGUUGGAGAACCUGGUCCAUUCACCUGUCAUUCUUGCAAACAAAAAUGCCCUCAAAUAUGGGCGUUACUUGAGCAUGUUUUUACGGCUCAUGGUUUUCGUAUAUCAGACGAACAUUUACCUAAUUUUUGCUAUCCACAGCUUGUCUCUGCUAGUAGUCUAAUCUCUCAACAACACUUUGCUUCUGUUUCUAAUCCAGAGGCCUUGGGAGGACUACAACGGCCUAACUUUUUGACGGUUAAAGACCAUCAAACGGUUACUAGACGUAGUAAUUCUACCGGGGAAUCCAACAAUACAAUGUCUGGAGGGGAAAGUCAACCAGUAACUCCAACGGCAUCACUACUUACUGCAAGAAAGGCAACACGACCUCUUGUUCCCGCAAAAUCUUCUUUCUCUCUUAACGCCUUCUGCUCUGAACGACUUCGAGAAAUGGCAGAAAAAGCAGGUGGAGAAAGCGCAGCAAAAGAUUCACCUCCACCACCUCCUUCAAGGAGGCUUAUGGCAACAAAUGAUGAACAACAACAACAACGAAAUACUCGCCAAUCAUCUAACAAUAAUCAUUUAACAACAACGUUUGCGGAACAACUAAAUGCUGCCGCUUUUCUAACAAGUGGAUUUUCCUCUAAUGGAACUGCAGGAGGAGGGGGAGGAGGGCCUUUUACGCUUGGACAGUCACUUGUGCAUGCUUUGCAACAGAGUGGGCAUGGCACUAUACAGAGUGUUAACGACUUUUUCCAACCACAUGUAUUAGCAGCUAUUCAAAACUAUUACAUACAACUAGGCCAACAGCAAUCACCCCAACAUUUAUCCAGCAAUGUUUCAAAUAAUUGUAAUGGUAGCUCUUUUACAUCAAAUAUUAUUUCCCCAAAUAAUAUUUCUUCUCCUACAGCAGCAAUUUUACAACAAGCUGCCUCUGCUGCAAAAAAUGCGGGAACAUCCUCCUCAUCUUCUAAUACAUUAUUUGGAUUAAAUCAACAACAACAGCAACAUUCUUCUUCUGUUACUGUUACUUCUGCUUCAACAAUUUUAGGUUUAGCAAAUUUAAUGGCUGCUGCAAAACGUUAUGGAAAUAGUGGUAGUGGUGGAGGUGGUGGUUGUGUUACUCCAACAAAAAUGCUUUGUAAUAAUUCUUCUGAUAUUUUAUUUCAACAAAAUUCUGGUAAUGAAACACAACAACAACAUUCUUCUGUUUCUCGACAAUUAUCUUCCUCUAUCCCUCUUAUCAAUAAUUCAAAUAUUACCCCUCAAACCGGAGGAGUUAUUUCAAGUCCUGUUGGUGGAGGAAUAUUAAGACGUUCUCCACUGCUUAGUCAAUUGGCUUCACCAACAGCCCCUUCAACAUCAUUUUCGCCCAGCCCUGUCACUGCUAUUAACAAAACUCAAAAUAAUAGAUUAUUAACACCUUCACGUCGAACAUGUUCAGCAGCUAAUGUUUUAAGUAUUGCUGCGUCUUUAACUCCACAUUCUUCAAUUGAAAUCGGGACAUUUCCCGGUAGUGAAUCUGGAAUUCCGACGGCUACAGACUGUGAGGAAAAUGAAGAUAAUGAUGGGGAUAUUGAAUUGGAUGUUUCUGGUGAUAUUGAAGAUGGAAGAAAGGAAGGAAACGGAAAUGAAGUCGUUAAUGAAGGGACAAAUAAAAAUGAAAGUAAUAAGAAUUUACCGACUUUGGAAGAUGGAGAAUUGGCAGAACCAGCUGCUAAACGAGACCCGAAGGCGAAAAAGGAUAGAUGUUCAUUUUGCCAAAAAGUGUUUACAAAUCGUUCCAAUUUAAUUGUACAUCUCCGCUCACAUACAGGCGAAAAACCUUAUAAAUGUCAGCUUUGUCCUUAUGCAUGUGCGCAGAGUUCAAAAUUAACAAGGCAUAUGAGAACACAUGGACAACAGGGAAAAGAGGUUUUUAACUGCAGUAUUUGUCAAAUGCCCUUUUCUGUUCACUCAACACUCGAAAAACACAUGCGAAAAUGCGUUGUACAAAAUGGAUAUGGAAAUAAUAAUAAUUCUAAUUCAAAAAAUGACCAACAAAUUCCAACAACGACGUCUGCUACAGAGCAAACAGAAAAUGAUGUUGCUACAUCUAAUAAACAGCAACAAAAUUUAGCCGACACAUUAAAACACAUUCCCGAUGCUAAUUCUAUUGCAGCAUUGUUAGAAUUGAGUAAAGGCCCCAGCAAUUCUUUGGUUGAAACAAGGAAUAAUAAUAUUAAUGUUGGAGGAGAAGUAGCAUCAGCAUCAUGUAAUUCAACGUCUUUGCCUCAUAACAUUGCUCAGUCUAACAGGCUUGUUCUGAAUUGGCUUCAGGCAUUAAAUGUGAAUGCCCAAACAAGCAAUGUAACAACGGUAAUUGGUCCUAAUAGCGGAGAAAGUCUCCCAGUUGAAGCACACAUUACUGCUGGCGAACCUGAUAUUGAAACAGAUCCUGACAUAACAGAAGCUGCCGAUUUGGCUAUUAAAAAGGUGGGUAGAUAA